AUGGCCGCCCAAGAAUUCAAAGGCAAACUUGCCAUUGUCACCGGAGGCGCCAAGCAGAACGGCAUUGGCUUCGCGACUGCCUGUGCGCUGGCCAAGGGCGGUGCUGAUAUUGUCCUCCACUACAAUUUGAACAAGGAGGCGGCCCAGAACAGUGCCACCAAGAUUCGCGAGCUUGGGGUCAAAGUCGCCGUCGUCCAAGGCGACGCGGGGUCCCUGAGCUUCGGAGACGAUGUUGUUCGCGCUACCUUGGAGGCGUUCCCAGGUCGCCAGAUUGACAUCAUCAUCAACAAUGCCGGUCACGCCACCUUCCAGGAGGGCACUGAGGCGGCCGUGGUCGAGGACUUUGACGCUUUAUUCCACCCCAACGUCAGAGGCCCGCACCUCCUGGUGCGAGCUGCCCUUCCCCACAUCGCCUCUCCUGGCGGCCGCAUUGUUAAUGUUGGCAGCGUCGUUGCGCGCACCGGGGCUAAACAAGCAGCCCUCUACUCAAGCACGAAAGGAGCCUUGAAUACUUUGACUCUGGCUUGGGCCGAAGAGUUGGGGGAGAGGGGCAUCACUGUCAACGUUGUUGCCCCGGGACCGAUCGCUACGGAUUAUGCCCCUCCCGAGGAGCAUCCGUUGACUAAGAAGUUCCGGGCACAGCAGUACAUCAAGCGCAACGGAGGAGCGGAGGAGGUUGCGAAUGUGAUCGUUUUUGCGGCAAGUUCUGGCGCUAGCUUUGUAUCGGGUCAAGUGUUGGGUGUUGAUGGAGGUCUGAGUUAUGUAUAA